AUGGCCGGAAAUGGAGACGACGCGCCGGCGAUCGGAAUUGAUCUGGGAACAACGUACUCAUGUGUGGCCGUUUGGAAGCAUAAUCGGGUCGAGAUCAUACCUAACGAUCAAGGCAACCGAACCACACCUUCUUCCGUUGCUUUUGUUGAAUCAGAGCGUCUGAUCGGUGAUGGCGCCAAAAAUCAAGCGCCUAUGAACCCUACUAACACAAUAUUUGAUUCUAAGAGGUUGAUUGGAAGAAGAUUCAGUGAUUUCAAAGUGCAGGAAGACAUCAAGUUGUGGCCUUUUAAGGUCAUACAAGGGCCUUCCGACACACCAAAGAUUGUCGUCAGUCACAAAGGUCAAUGGAAGGAGUUUUUGGCUGAAGAAAUUUCUUCAAUGAUUCUUGGCAAGAUGAAAGAAACAGCCGAGGCGUAUCUUGGAAAAGUUGUGAAAAAUGCUGUGAUAACUGUUCCUGCUUAUUUCAAUGAUUCACAACGUCAAGCUACCAAGGAUGCUGGUGCUAUUGCUGGGUUGAACGUGAUCCGUAUGAUCAAUGAGCCUACAGCAGCUGCAAUUGCUUAUGGACUAGACAAUGAGUCUGAUAUUGUUGGCAAGAUAAAUGUGCUUGUCUUUGAUCUGGGUGGUGGCACUUUUGAUGCUUCUCUCAUGACUAUUGAGGAAGGAGGUGUGUUUGAGGUGAAAGCUGUUGCUGGUGAUACUCAUUUGGGUGGUGAAGAUUUUGAUAACCGCAUGGUGGAUCAUUGUGUUUUGGAAUUCAAGAGGAGAUGGAAUAAGGACUUGAGUGGAAACCAACGAGCAUUGGGGAGGUUGAGAUUUGCUUGUGAGAAAGCAAAAAGGAUUCUCUCAUAUACUACUUGGACAUCAAUUGAAUUGGAUGGCUUGUAUGAGCGGAUUGAUUUUUCUAUGAAAUUUACUCGAGCUAAAUUUGAAGAGCUGAACAUGGGCUCAUUCAAUAAGUGCAUUAAGAUUUUGGAGACAUGCUUAAGUGAUGCUAAGAUGAGGAAAUCAUGGGUGGAACAAGUGAUUCUUGUAGGUGGUUCAACUAGGAUACCAAAAGUCCAACAUAUGCUGCGAGAUUUUUUUGAUGGAAGAGAGUUAUGCAAGAGUGUGAACCCGGAUGAGGCUGUUGCAUAUGGUGCAGCGGUUAUGGCUGCAAAGGUAAGUGGUAGCAUUGAUAAGAGUGUUCAAGAUGUGUUGCUACAUGAUGUCACUCCUUUAUCACUUGGUGUAGCAGUAAGAGGCGAACUAUUAAGCGUUGUGAUCCCAAGAAACACUUCAAUACCUACAAGUAAAACCAAGAAAUACCAGACUACUCAUGAUAACCUAUCUGCUAUUGAAAUCAAGGUGUAUCAAGGUGAAAGAUCAAAAUCUACCGAUAACCAUUUGUUGGGCAAGUUCGAAAUUUCUGGUAUACCACCUGCUCCCAAAGGAGUGACUAAAAUUAUGAAAUGCUUUGAAAUAGAUGCCAACGGUAUCCUCACAGUCACCGCCUCGAUAAUAUCCACCGGUAAAAUGGAGAAACUCGUAAUUUCCAAAGACUCUGGUAGACUCUCCAAAGAAGAGAUUGAGAAGAUGGUAAAUGAUGCCGAGUGGUACAAACUUCAGGACCAAGAGUACAAGAAGAAAGCGGAGGCCUUCAAUGCAUUAGAGGAUUGUGUAUACAACAUGAAGAAUAAAGUCGAAGAGCUUGGUGUCGAGAAGAGUGUGCACCAUGAGAUCUUGCAGGUAAUGAAAAAAGCCAUUGAGGAAACGAGCAAGUGGCUCGAGGACAACCAAGAUGCAUCUUUUGCUGAGAUUCAACAUAAGAAGGUACACCUAGAAUUUGUUUGCAAACUUCUGCUUUAGGUCUCAGAUUAUGGUUGUUGAACAUUGGAAUAUCAGCUUGUGUUUUUCUUUUUGUUCCACUUAAUAUGUUACAGAAAUCAAUGGUUGUUGAACUUUGGAAUCCAAGU